UUUUGCAAUUUUGAAACCGGAUCUCGCUCUCCGCGGAAGACGGCCGAGCUCUUCACCCCGGCCUGGCCCGCCGCACCCCGCAGGCCCGGCUUUCCCCUGCGCGCUCCGGGCUGGGCGCGGCGCGUGUGCGGAGCCGCCGCGGUGACACGGAACGCCGGCCGCCCCGGGCCGGGGGAGGCGCGCACCAAGCGGCGACGGCGGGCUGGCCUGGCGCGCCGCGGCACUCGCUCACCGGCUCCGGAGGAAGGGCAGCGGGCCCCGCCGCUGCCUCCCGAUGGCGAGGCUGCGGGAUUGCCUGCCCCGCCUGAUGCUCACGCUCCGGUCCCUGCUCUUCUGGUCCCUGGUCUACUGCUACUGCGGGCUCUGCGCCUCCAUCCACCUGCUCAAACUUUUGUGGAGCCUCGGCAAGGGGCCGGCGCAGACCUUCCGGCGGUCCCCCCGGGAGCACCCUCCCGCGUGCCUGAGCGACCCCUCCUUGGGCACCCACUGCUACGUGCGGAUCAAGGAUUCAGGGUUAAGAUUUCACUAUGUUGCUGCUGGAGAAAGAGGCAAACCACUUAUGCUGCUGCUUCAUGGAUUUCCAGAAUUCUGGUAUUCUUGGCGUUACCAACUGAGAGAAUUUAAAAGUGAAUAUCGAGUUGUAGCACUGGAUUUGAGAGGUUAUGGAGAAACAGAUGCUCCCAUUCAUCGACAGAAUUAUAAAUUGGACUGUCUAAUUACAGACAUAAAGGAUAUUUUAGAUUCUUUAGGGUAUAGCAAAUGUGUUCUUAUUGGUCAUGACUGGGGAGGCAUGAUUGCUUGGCUAAUUGCCAUCUGUUAUCCUGAAAUGGUGAUGAAGCUUAUUGUUAUUAACUUCCCUCAUCCAAAUGUAUUUACAGAAUAUAUUUUACGACACCCUGCUCAGCUGUUGAAAUCCAGUUAUUACUACUUCUUCCAAAUACCAUGGUUCCCAGAAUUUAUGUUCUCGAUAAAUGAUUUCAAGGUUUUGAAACAUCUGUUUACCAGUCACAGCACUGGCAUUGGAAGAAAAGGAUGUCAAUUAACAACAGAGGAUCUUGAAGCUUAUAUUUAUGUCUUUUCUCAGCCUGGAGCAUUAAGUGGCCCAAUUAACCAUUACCGAAAUAUCUUCAGGCUUCUAAGGGAAGAAUUCCAUACAGAUGUUACCUUCUCUGUGGGUUGUACUUUGUUCAAAGCACACAAAGCAGUCCUUUUAGCAAGAGUUCCUGACUUCUAUUUUCAUACUCUUGGACAGACAUCAAAUAGUUUAACAAAUCAGGAGCCUGUUGCUGUGGAGAAUGUUGAAGCUUUAGAAUUUAGAACGUUUUUACAGAUUAUAUAUUCAUCAAACAGAAACAUAAAAAACUAUGAAGAGGAAAUUCUUAGGAAAAAGAUAGUGGAGACUGGGAUAUCACAAAAGCAACUUGACAUCAGUUUUCCACAGUGUAAAAACUCAUCUGAUUUUUCUCUUCAGAAGCAUGAAAUUCCAGAGGAUAUCAGUGACAGAGAUGACGAUUUCAUUUCCAAUGAUAAUUAUGACUUGGAGCCUGCAUCUGAAUUAGGAGAAGAUUUAUUGAAGCUUUAUGUGAAACCUUGUUGCCCAGAUAUUGAUAUUUUUGUUGAUGGAAAACGUUUUAAAGCUCACAGGGCCAUUUUGAGUGCCAGAUCUAGUUAUUUUGCUGCAAUGCUGAGUGGCUGUUGGGCUGAAAGCUCCCAAGAGUAUGUUACUCUUCAAGGUAUAAGCCAUGUAGAACUGAAUGUUAUGAUGCAUUUUAUAUAUGGAGGAACUCUGGACAUUCCAGACAAAACUAAUGUUGGUCAGAUACUCAAUAUGGCUGAUAUGUAUGGACUAGAAGGAUUAAAAGAAGUAGCAAUCUAUAUUUUAAGAAGAGAUUACUGUAAUUUCUUUCAGAAGCCUGUUCCCAGAACAUUGACAUCUGUACUAGAAUGCCUGAUUAUUGCUCAUUCAGUUGGAGUGGAAAGUCUUUUUGCUGACUGCAUGAAGUGGAUUGUAAAGCAUUUUGCAAGGUUUUGGUCUGAGAGAAGCUUUGCAAAUAUACCUCCUGAGAUUCAGAAAAGUUGUCUUAAUAUGUUGAUUCAGUCCUUAAAUGAUAAGAAUGCUGCUUUUCUUCUGAUGGAAAGUGACAGGCUAAUCAUCAGUUUACCCAGAGUGAAGUGGACAGAAGUGGCAUUGACUAUGGCGUCUCAGCUUCAAGAAAAAUGCAUUGCAUUUAUUGUAGAAAACUUCUCCAAGAUUAUUCAGAGUGAAAAUUUUGCUCUUCUCUUACAGUCACAAGCAAUGAGUAGCACAGCCGAUCUGUUGGACACAAUUUUCAAAGCAAUUGAAGAAAAUAUCACCACUGAAAAUAGUUGCUCUCUUCUUAUGGCUCUGGACACAUUGCUGAACUCUGACAGUACAAAGGAAAUGGUACUGAAUGGUUUUACGUGCAAGAUCCAGGCUCUGCGUGAUAAGCUGUGGAUCUUCCUGGUUCAGUCUUUCUAUGCUGUUCGUCACACAGAAAGCUGGAAGCUGAUGAGCACAGAUGAUCAACAGAAAAUCCAAGCAGCUGCAUUUGACAAAGGUGAUGAUCGAAGACUUGGCAAAAAGCCUAUAUUCAGUAGCUCACAGGUAAACUUUCUAAAUUUUAUAGCAAAGAAACAAGUUUCUGACUCUGGUGAUAUAAAAAUCAAAUCUUGGAGGGAAAAUAACAAGAAAGAGUGUUGGAGUUAUCUCUCUACUAAUAAAAAGAUGAACCAAGGAUUAGGAGCAUCUGGACAUUCAUCAAGUACCAAUAGAAAUAGUAUAAAUAAAACUCUGAAGCAAGAUGAUGUAAAGGAAAAAGAUGGUACAAAAAUAGCAUCUAAAAUUACAAAACAACUAAAACUGGGGGAAAAAUGUUUUAAAGCCCAAACUAUAAUAAAAUCCAAAACAGGAAAUGGUGAUAAUGCACGGUUGGAAAACAUGUCACCUAGACAAGUUGUAGAAAGAUUAACAGCAGCAGCAGCAACUGGACAGAAGAAUUUACUAAAUGGAAAAGGAGUGAGAAAUCAGGAAGGGCAAAUUACAGGUGCCAGACCCAAGGUAAUUACAGGAAACUGAAUGUGCAAGCCAAAGCAAAACCUUGAAGAAAGCGACAGGAAGGAUUCUCCAUGCCUCAGCAUCGCAGGACCCAGCAGAUCCACAGAUUCAAGUAUGGAAUUCUCAAUUUCCACUGAAUGUCUGGAUGGACCAGAAGAAAAUGGAUCAAUAGGAGAAGAAAAGCCUUCUGGACAUAAACUAUCCUUUUGUGAUUCUCCAGCACAGAUGGUGAAAAACAGUGUAGUUAGUGUCAGUACCUCCACUGUAGCCAUAAAAUCUCGACCUGUUUCAAAAGUUACCAAUGAACUUUACCAAAAAAGUAUUCAUGAACAAGACACUACUAUAAAUCACAGUGUACUAAAGAAGGUCAGUGGCAAAGGAUAUAGUGAGCCAGUACCACAGGCAAUUUUGAAGAAAAGAGGAACUAGCAAUGGAUAUGGCGCAGCUCAGCAGAGGACAAAGAGUACCCCAUCUAAUCUUACUAAAACUCAAGGAUCCCAAGGAGAGUCACCAAACUCAGUAAAAUCUUCAGUCUCUUCAAGGCAGUCUGAUGAAAAUGUAAAGUUGGACCAUAAUAUGCCUACAGAGAAACAAGCACCUAAGAGAAAAAUCGUCAAGCAAGUACACACAGCUUUGCCUAAGGUUAAUGGCAUUAGGGCAAUGCCUAAAAAUCUAAAUCAGUCAAAGAAAGGUGAAACUUUGAAUAAUAAAGAUUCAAAACAGAAAAUGCUUCCUGGACAGGUUAUGUCAAAAACUCAUCCUUCCUCCCAAAGACUCUUAAAAAGUGGAAACACCAUUGUCCAAAAAGUAUGUUUCAUGAUGCUUGAAAAAUAAUAAACAUAUUGUAUUUAAACAGUAGCUCACAAACCUCUCAUUAAUCUUGCAUCUGAAAUCAGUGAUGCAGAAGCCCAGUCAUCCUGCAGGCUUAGACCAAAGCCAUUACAUGAUCAAGAAAAAGAGAAGUUGGUGUUAGAAUGCCAAAAUAUUUCCAAAGCUGGAUAACCAAUAAAAACACAAACUGAAUCCAAACAGAUUUGUUUAGAUAAAAGUGAAACAAAAUUUCUGAAUCACAAAGAAACAGAUCAUUGCAAUGCAGCUAACAUAUGUUGUCAUUCUGAUGGGAGUGAUAAUGUAAAUUCAAAAUGACACACCACAGCCCUAAAAUACAUGGUUCCAAAUCCAAAUGAAAAUUCCUUGAACUCUAAUCCAGCUUGUGAUUUAGACUCAACAAGUGCAGGGCAAAUCCAUUUGAUAUCAGAGGAGAACCAAGUAGCAGAAAAGAUACAAACAAACAACUUGGCACAUAAAUGUGUGGAAGAUGUUUUACUGUGUAUUCCUGAAAGGGCAAAUGGUACCUUAAAUUUGCCUAAGAAGACAAAAAUUGAAAGUUCCUUUUGGAAGGACUGACAAUUUCAGUGGUUCGAUGCUCAUAUGGAUGAAGACAACAUGCUACAGCAGACUCCAGAUGUUUCCUCCGGUUUUUCUAGACAGCUGUCAGAAAAAUUUCCUAAAAAUAUGGAAACACUAGAAUUCCAGAGAGCCGUGAAACUCCAACCCAUCAGGGUCACUGAACUUGAGUAUCAGGUUCUGCAUCAGAGAGAGUCUGAAUCUGAUACUGGCUGAAGUACCACAUCCUCCCGGAAGGACAUAAAGCCCAGAUCUGAAGACUAUGAUGCCGGAGGGUCUCAGGAUGAUGAUGGGUCAAAUGACAGAGAUUCUAAAUGUGGUACUAUGCUGCUAUGAUUUUCUCGUGGAAGAAGUAGCAGUGAUACCAGUACUCCAAGAAUUAAAAUUUAUGAUAGUAAUUAAGACUGAAGUAAAAUGAAAGCAAGUAGUAAUGAUCUUUUAAGAUUCACAAGUGAUGAUGAAAUCAGGAAAAGGCCAGAAAUUUGGUCUCGAUCUACAAUAGUUCACUCCUAGGAAAAGAAAUCUAUUCCACGAGGCAGUGUCCAGUUUGCAGAAAUAGAUCAAGUAUCUUCUUCAGCAGAUGAAACAGAGGAUGAAAGAUCUGAAGCUGAAAAUGUUGCAGAAAAUUUCUCUAUAUCUAACCCAGCUCCUCAGCAGUUUCAGGGAAUAAUUAAUUUAGCUUUUGAAGAUGCAACUGAAAAUGAAAUGGAAUUUUCUGCAAAUAAAAAGUUUAAAAAGGUCAGUUUUAUUUCAGUUGAUGAAUGUGAAGAGCUAUCAGAUGAAGGAGAAGUCCAUAAUUUCUUUCAGCCUUCUGUAGAUUCUUUUUCACCUGAUGUUUUUGAUAGCAUUUCUCAUGAACAUCAAAGGACCUGCUAUUCCAGAUUCUCACGAGAAAGUGAAAAUAAUAUUUUAGAAUGUAAACAAAAUAAAGGCAAUAGUGUAUGUAAAAAUGAAAGCACUCUCUUGGAUCUUAGUAGCAUUGACUCUUCAAGAAAAAAUAAACAGAGUGUUUCAGCCACAGGAAAAAAGAACACAAUAGAUGUCCUAUCCAGUAGAGGCAGACACCUUCUUCCAGAAGAUAAAAAAGUAAACAAUGGAAGCAGUGUAGAUAAUUUAUUAUCCACAACGAGCAAAUUCUUGGAUAGUGAUGCAACUCAAGUAUGACCAUGUCACUUGAGCUUCAUCAGCAGAAACCAUUCUGACAUACCAAAGAACAGCUACAAAUCUCUAGACUCCUUUUCUCGGAGUCAAGUCUGGCCUCAGGAAGGUCCAGUGAAAGAGAGCUAUCUACAGCUACUAAAAGCUAAUAUUGCUUUAUCUGCAGGAGACAUAGAUGAUUGUGACACACUGGCACUAACCUGCACAAAAGGACCACACACGGCCUUCAAAACCCUGUCUCCAAUAUAUGAGAUGGAUGGAGAAGCAUUUGAGCAGAAAGUGGAAUCAGAAACACAUGUUACAGAUACGGGAUUUGAAGAUGACCAACAUUUUGCAAAACAAGUGACACUACUAAAGCAACUGCUCUCUGAACAGGAUUCAAACUUAGAUGUUACAAAUCUGCCUGAAGACUUAAAUUUAGCACAGUAUCUAAUCAAUCAGACACUACUUUUAGUAGAUAGCUCAAAACCUCAGGGUAUAGCACAUAUUGACACUUUGAACAGAUGGAGUGAACUAACAUCUCCACAUGAUGAUUCCUCAGCGAGCAUCACCAUGGCUAGUUUUUCCUCUGAAGAUUGUUCGCCUCAAGGGGAGUGGACAAUUCUGGAACUGGAAACUCAGCAUUAAGUGUUAACAUUUUGGAAAAAUUUAUGCCACUCCUUUAUUUUUUGAUGCCUAUAUUAUAUCCAAAUGAUAAUUGCAUUAGCCAGAUAUAAACUUUCCUUAAUAUUGAGUCUUUCCAAUUUAAUGAGGUAAACAUAGUUUAUUUAUUAAUAUAUCACAUACAGAAAAAUGUUUUUCUAAAGUUUUUGAGCAUGUUUUCUAUAAUUAUUAGAAAAAUUAGAAGACUUGUAAGGAAACCUUUGCUUCAGUUUUCCUUUCCUAACUGAUCAUUUGUUCACUUGUUCAUUAUUCAAGAAUUUAAAAUGUGAAUGCACAAGUAGAUCAGUCCCUUUACUUUUUGCUCUGCAUAUGGUAACAUAGUAAUUUAACAAUAAAAAACUUACUGUGCUUGUGUCCA